AUGGCUAAACGUUUCAAGUUCAGAUUCUCUCGAGUGAUCUCCUUUCAAUCUUGCCGUUCCAAAGACCCCUCCCUUCUCCCAUCAAAUCCUGUUCCUUCAUUUCUUAGACUCUCUACGGGCAACCACAACUCCAUCAUUAUCAACAACCUCCACCUCCCACCAUCACAAUCGCCUUCUUCCAAACCCCACCAACACUCCUCCAUCAAGCGCCAUGUGUCCUCAGCUUUCACAUCAAUGGGCUGUGGAUUUAGAUCAAAAUCCUCCACGCAUUCCCUCUCUGAAACCGACCGCACCAAAUCCUCACAACCAACUGAGAAUUUUCACUGGGCAGAGGAAGAAAAAUAUCACCUUGUGGCCAAACUCUUUGACGACGACUCAACUCCCCGCCGCAAAAUUUACAACUCUUCGGCCUCUGAGGACUCUAAAAACCACGACGUUUUUCUCCCUCCGACUAACAUAGAGAGGAAAAAACGACGUGUCAAAAAGAAGAAAAGGGCUUCAAGGAUCCGCAUUAGCACUUCUUCAGCUGAUAGCGGGUUAUUUUUUACCGGCGACGAGAAUGUCAUAAACGUCGAAGAAACGGAAACUUUAGUUUCUUCUUCAAGGAGCUUCUCCACUGAUUCUCCCUCAGAAUUCAGUCCCCACUUGGAAACAAUACGUGAAUCUCCAUUUACACGUAAAAAGAGAGGUCGGAAGGCGAAAGGAGGUGUUUUAAAGAAAGGAACAACAAGAAGAGGACGAAAGGCAAGAAAUAGCUGCGAUGGUUCGUUGUCGCCUGCAAGACUGUCGAGGCUUCAAUGGCUGAUACCGUGCACGGUGGAGGGGAAGGUAAGAGAGAGCUUUGCAGUGGUGAAGAAAUCAGAGGACCCAUUUGAGGAUUUUAAGAGGUCAAUGAUGGAAAUGAUAUUAGAGAAGGAAAUGUUUGAAGAGAAAGAUUUAGAGCAGUUGCUGCACUGUUUCCUUUCUUUGAAUUUAAGGGAGCAUCAUGGGGUUAUUGUUCAGGCUUUUAGUGAGAUUUGGGAUACUUUGUUUUGUAGAAGAAGAAGAUCCAUCUCUUCCAGGGUUUCAGCUGUUUAA